AAACAGCCAACAAUUGUCUGCCAGAUCAGCAGGUAGCAUGAAACCUUGCCGUCCGCGUGAAAACGCCUCGCAUCUCUCUUACAAGGAAGCCCUAAGGAUUAAAUGCGUCUGAAGAGCGAAGAACUGAUCUGAACGGCCGCGUAUUAAUCAUGGCCAUUGACGGAGACGACGACGAUGUCGACAUCAAUCCCUUCGCAAUGCUCCUCCCCGACGACCAAAAAGCCGAAGCCGAAGCAAAGGAAGCAGAGGGAGAAGAUGAGACUAGAUUCCUUGCAGAGCACGAAGCAACUCACCAGCUUCAGCAGCACCACAUCCGUUCGAUCGACUCGGCGAUAUUGAUCAGGCAGCUCCAGUCCGAAGGCCUCUCAUUCCAGCUCUGGCCGGCGGCCACCACCUUCCUCGCGCUCCUCGACCGCCAUCGCUCUGAUCCGAACGCCAGCCCCCUCGCUCCCACUCUCUCCUCCGCCGCGCCAACCAGCGGCCGCCUCCGCAUCCUCGAGCUUGGUUCCGGCACCGGCCUAGUCGGAAUCGCAGCCGCCAUUAUUCUAGGAGCUGUCGUCACCGUCACGGACCUCCCGCACGUGCUCCCGAACCUCCGAUUCAACGUCGAGUCCAACUCGAAAGUUUUGGCCGAGCACGGUGGGAGAGUUGAUGUGGCGCCGCUGCGCUGGGGGGAAACUGAGGAUAUGGAGGCGCUGGGCCGAGGGUACGACGUGAUAGUGGCUUCGGAUGUUGUAUACCACGAUCACCUCUACGAGCCUUUGCUUCGAACUCUGAAGUUCUUAAUGCUGGAGGGAGAGAAGAGGAUGGUGUUUGUGAUGGCGCAUUUGAAGAGGUGGAAGAAGGAAUCCGUGUUUUUCAAGAGGGCGAGGAAGCUGUUCGACAUUGAGGUCAUACACGCGGAUGGUCCCUCCAAUGAGUCUAGGAUUGGGGUCGUCCUGUAUCGUUUUGCGGCCAAGUGUAACAUGAAUUGAUGUCGCAAAUGAUUCGUGCAAUAUGCAAUUGCAAUUGUUCUUUGAGGUA